UGCAGCCGAAUCUCCCCUUUCGGUCACAGUCGUGAUUACCUAUCACAACAAUUUCUCUAGGAUGGCGGUCUGCGCGAGUUUGUUCUUCAAAUGCCGUCGACUACCGUCCACCUUGCUCAAUUUGCGUCCUCUUGUUCUUAGUUUGAAUGCUCAAAGUACUCGUACGUUUUGCUCAACCAAAGCAUUAGCAGCGAGGAAAUAUACCGAACAGCACGAAUGGGUUGAUGUCCAAGGUACGAUCGGCACUGUUGGGGUGACCGACUACGCCCAGACUGCGCUUGGAGAUGUUGUGUUUGCUCAACUUCCUGAACCUGAUUCAGAACUCAACCAAAUGGAUGACUGUGGAGCUUUGGAAAGUGUGAAGGCUGCCAGCGAACUCUACUGCCCUGUCAGUGGAACAGUCGUUGAGAAGAACAAGGAUGUGGAAGAGACUCCAGCCUUGAUCAACCAGUCUCCAUAUGAGCAGGGAUGGCUGUUCAAGAUCCAGCUCAGCAAACCAGAAGAGCUGGAUGCACUCUUAGAUGAAGCAGGCUAUGAGAAUCAUUUGAAAAACACAGGCCACUAGGUGCCUGCCAAAUUGUUUGCAAAUGAAGUUUGUAGAAUUGUACCAAGUAGACUGUUUAACAAAGAUAUUAUCUUUAUUUUUGGUGCAGCAUGCCAGCAGAUAUUCCAAAAUAUAUCCCUUAUUCUUAAACCGAAUCGCUGCACAAGUUUGUUAUCAGAAGGUGUUUUUAUCUGUUUACUUGUCUGGUAGGGAUUAAAGAGCAUGGGCUAUUAUUGGGACACUGAUAUCGGAUACGAGCUUUGAAACUAUAUUUGUUUGAUCCGGUAACUAAAGUUUGAAAUGCAGUCAGUCGUAUAGGAUAAAAACAAACAAACAAACGUAACACUUGUCUGGUCUACGUCUCAACGGAAAAUGGAAGGCACCGAUUGCUGUGAUGAUAAAUUAUAGGUAAAACAAAGCAAU